GUCUGCAGCCGCUGUUUUCUUCUUUGUGGGUCUCGCUGCGCUCCUUUUUCUGCGAGUUGGCAGCAGCUAGCGUUAGCUCCAAGCUCCUCUCUGCUAUCUGCCUGCUAACUGGCCAUUUCUGACUGCCUGCUCUCUGUCCUCCCGUUUAGAAAAUCUCUUAGAGCAUUUGGUAAAAUGGACGGCAAGCGAGGAAAUGUGGGUUGUACGUGGUGCUACUUGUUAAGCAGCUACUUUGAGUCUGAUUUAUCUGCCUGUGUCCACCAUUAGCCUGCCUUGUUGCAUGGAUGGAGGAUAAACACUCUGUGCAUCAGAAUGCCUGCCUCGAAGAGAGAAUCGUCUCCUCCUGAAUCACAGUCCAAGAUGAGGAAGGUAGAAGAGGAUGGAGAAGAUUUACAAUCUGAAACUGGACCAACUAGCAAGUCUCCCAAGACAGGAACCCCGCGGGCUAAGAAAAAAAGGUCUUCUUCUGUCGAGGAUGGAAACGAACUAUUAAAAGAGAGUUCUCCUUCAAGUGAUUCCAGUACAGCCCCAGCCUCAGACCCACCUCUGAAAAAAGCCAAGCUACUGCAAGCCACAAGUGCCUCCUGUGGAGAAGCUCCAUCACAGAGAGCGAACUCCAGAGGUUCCCUGAAACGGACCGCCUCAACAGAGUCUGAUGAGGAUCUGAGCGGCGAAGAGAGCAAGGCGGAGUUCUUCAGAGAGGGGAACAACGACGACAAGGUCCGCCACGUCAGAAAAUAUUCCAACAAAGCUAAGCGCAAAGCAGAGGAUGGCACUUGUGACCCGCCAGACACAAGCCACGAUCCAUCAUCUGCACCAUCGGAAUCUGUACAGGUCGAGCACAAUUAUGGUAGAUUCACAGAUUCAUCAUCCUCUCAAAGCUUAACGGACACUAAUGAGAACAAAGAAACUUCACUCGAUGCACCUGAGAAUACGUCAACGGAUGCCUCGGCGUCUGAAACAGGGCGGUUUGACCCUCCAGCGGAAGAAAUUAAACUUUUGGAAAUAAAAAGCCAAGAUAAUGAAACAUCUACGAGAGAAACUGUGGGCCGUCCUCCAUGUGAGGGCGAGGAAAAGAGAGAUAAAGUUGUGUCCGCUGAGAUCACAAAGGGCCCAGAUAAUGAAACACUAGCGACGUCAGAGGAAACACUACGCUCAGUUCCUGGAGAUGUGAAUUCAAGCAGUGGAGGUGAAAAUCUUGUUGCAACAAGGACUGGUUCAACAUAUAGAUCAGACGGUAACUUUCACCCGAGCCUGCAAUCUCUUCCUGAAGAAAAUCAGUGCAAUCUAAAAUGUGAAAUAACUGGAGGCGAGCACGAUGAGGGGAAAGAACCCGAAACGAGAGCAAUCGCUGCAGACCUGAGCUCUGGUAAAGUUAACAAAGUGGCGGCGGAGAAAACAAACUCUCCUUCAAUACAAGCGGAAAAUUGUAGUCCAGAAGCCCAGGCUGAGGGAAUAGCAACACAAGCAGACUCCUUUACUAUUUCAGAGACUCGGGCGGCUUUAAAAGCGGACUCGAAUGCUGCAGACGCUCACAAUGUGCUUCCAGGAAAAGGCGGUGGCCUGUGUGAGGAUUUGAACAAAAUGCAUGACAGUUCUGAAGAAAAACUUGAAGAAAGCAGCAGAGAACGCGUCUAUUCCCAGUCUCCUCACAUCGGUGCUGGGUCUGAAAACUCUGCAGAAGAGCAGAAUCAUAGCUUUGUGGUCCAUGACACCCAGCCUGAGUGUCGUGAUAUUUGCGAUAAAACUCAAACAGAGGACCUCUAUGAAAACGUCGUAGUCUCAGCGGCUCAAAUAACAUCUGGAGAAGAUAUUCAGCGUCAGGAGAAUCACGUUAUUCAAGACGGCGGGACCAAAGUAAAAUCUUUAAACGAGGAGAAAGAUACCGUCAUGAACGUUCAUUGUGCUGCUGUACCAAAGAUCCAAGAGAAAAAGGAUUCACAGACUUCAAAUCAGAGUGCUACGGUUGGUUCACAAAUCCGGCAAUCUGCUGCCAACUUGUCCACAGACUGUCACAGGGAGGAAAAUGUUGGGACACUAAACAAAGAAACUUCGAGUGGAGCCGAGGAACUAAACAAAACAGAAUUACAGAUUGGUAUUUCUUCAGAUAUCUUAAAUACUGGUCCUUCUGUGGAAAUUCAAAAGCAGGAAAUCCAGGAGGUCAGGGAAUCUCCCACAGUUGUGUAUGCUCAGAUACACGAUCAUGUUACAGUUGAUGAAUUUGAAAAUACGGAAAUUCGCGAAGAAUGCAAGGGUCAUACUGGGAUGGAAACACAGCUUGUUAAAGCUUCGGAGAUUUUACAACAGGAAUCGAAUGUACCAAUGCUGGAGAACCAAGGUGGCUCCACAGUAGUACUUGAUGAAAGUAAAAAAGAUGCAAAGUCUGCAGAAUAUCUUGCUACAACAGGUGAGAGUAUAACGGAAGUUGAUAUCCAGAGCUUAAGUAUAUCUAAGCAGGCCUCUGACGGGACUCUGAUAGGGGUAUCGCACCAGCAGAUGAAACGGUUGGUCAGUGAACCCACCAUAGGCAUAUCUGAGGAAGCUCCGAAAGAUCUGGACGAUGCACAUGGCGCUGCUAAGACUCUCAUAGAUGAAGAAAAUGAGGUUAUGUUGAACUUUGCUGCUAUGGAAGAAACUGAAAACAAACUGUCUGUUGAACCAACCAGUGAUGGACCUAACAGAGCAAAGAAAGAUCUGGAGAAUGCAAAUUGUGCUGCUCAGAGUCAAACAGAAGAUGUAGAAGCUUUAGACUCCAAGGAGGAGGUCUGUAAUGUUGCAACGAUUGAAAAGAGGCAUAGCCAGUUGUUUCCUGAACCCAUAACCGAGAUACCCAAAGAAGCUUUCAGGGAUCAGGACGGUCUCUGUGGCGCUCAGACUCAAAUCAGAGAUAAUGACCAGUCUGUAGCAACAUCUGAGGAGGUCUCUAAUUUUGCUCCUGUAGAAGACAUGCAAACCCAGGGAGUCAGGGAACCGACCGUAACGAUACCUGAAGUUCACAAAGAUGAGGAUGGUCAAGACCAGACUCAGACUCAUAUCCAAGAGGAGGUUCCUAACACUGCAUCUAUUGAAGAAAUGCAAACCCAGAUGGUCAGUGAAGCACCGACAGACAUACAGAGCGAAGGACAGACGGCUGUGGAGGAUGCAAGCUGUGCAGAUCAGACACCAGUCCAAGUAGACGUUACAUAUCAGGAGGUUCCUAACAUUGCAUGUAUAGAAGAAACGCAAACCCAGCUGGUCAGUGAACCUGCCAUUAGCGACAAAGCUCAUGGAAAUCUGGAAAAUGCUGAUUGUUGGAUCAGAGCCGGUGCUGAGAGUUAUAAUGAAGACAAUAAAGAGGUUGUAGCUACACCCCAGACAGUCUCUGCUAUUACUCCUGUAGAGGAAAUGCAAACCCAGACAGCCACUGAAGCACCGACAGGCAUACCCAGUGAAGGACAGACGGAUGUGGAGGAUGCAAGCUGUGCAGGUCAGACUCCAAUCCAAGUAGAUGUUACAUCUGAGGAGGUUCCUAACAUUGCAUCUAUAGAAGAAACGCAACCCCAGCUGGUCAGUGAACCUGCCAUUAGCGACAAAGUUCGUGGAAAUCUGGAGAAGGCUGAUUGUUGGAUCAGUGCUGGUGCUGAGAGUUACAAAGAAGACGAGACACAGGUCAUAGCUACACCCCAGACAGUCUCUGCUAUUACUCCUGUAGAAGAAAUGCAAACCCAAACGGUCACUGAAGCACCGACAGGCAUACCCAGUGAAGGACAGACAGAUGUGGAGAAUGCAAGCUGUGCAGUUCACACUCCAAUCCAAGUAGAUGUUACAUCCGAGGAGGUUCCUAACAUUGCAUCUAUAGAAGAAACGCAACCCCAGCUGGUCAGUGAACCUGCCCUUAGCGACAAAGCUCAUGGAAAUCUGGAAAAGGCUGAUUGUUGGAUCAGGGCCAGUGCUGAGAGUUAUAAUGAAGACAAUAAAGAGGUUGUAUCUACACCCCAAAUGGUCUCUGCUAUUACUCCUGUAGAAGAAAUGCAAACCCAGACGGUCACUGAAGCACCGACAGGCAUACCCAGCGAAGGACAGACGGAUGUGGAGGAUGCAAGCUGUGCACAUCAGACUCCAAUCCAAGUAGAGGUUCCUAACAUUGCAUCUAUAGAAGAAACGCAACCCCAGCUGGUCAGUGAACCCGCCCUUAGCGACAAAGUUCGUGGAAAUCUGGAGAAUGCUAAUUGUUGGAUCAGUACUGGUGCUGAGAGUUACAAAGAAGACAAUACACAGGUCAUAGCUACACCCCAGACGGUCUCUGCUAACACUCCUAGAGAAGACAUGCAAACCCAGACGGUCACUGAAGCACCGACAGGCAUACCCAGUGAAGGACAGACAGAUGUGAAGGAUGCAAGAUGUGCAGGUCAGACUCCAAUCCAAGUAGAUGUUACAUCUGAGGAGGUUCCUAACAUUGCAUCUAUAGAAGAAACGCAACCCCAGCUGGUCAGUGAACCCGCCCUUAGCGACAAAGUUCGUGGAAAUCUGGAGAAUGCUGAUUGUUGGAUCAGUGCUGGUGCUGAGAGUUACAAAGAAGACAAUACACAGGUCAUAGCUACACCCCAGACAGUCUCUGCUAUUACUCCUGUAGAAGACAUGCAAACCCAGAUGGUCUAUGAAGCACCAACAGACAUAUCUAAUGAAACGCAGACAUGUCUGGAGAACGCAAGCUGCGGGGUUCAGACUCCAGUUGAAGUUGAUGUCGCAUCAGAGAAGCUUUCUAACAUAGUUGUAGAGGAGAUGCAAACCCAGGGCAUCAGUAAACCCACUGCUGAUAUGUCCGAUGAAGCUCAUAAGCAACUGGAAAAUGCACAUCCUGGAAGCUGUGAAGAAGUUACACGUGUUUCUUCCAAUACUCAAUCAGAAACUGUGGGAGAAGUUGUUGCCACUCCACAAGAGGGCGCUACAUUUGUUACCAUAGAAGAAAUGCAAAGCCAACUGGUUAGUGAACCUGCCACUGACAUUAACGACAAGGUGCAGGGAGAUCAGGACAAUGGAGGCUUUGCUGCUGAGACUCAAAGUGAAGUUGAAGCUACGUCAGAUGAUUUCUGCCCUGUUUCUCCCGUCGAAGAGAUGCAAUCCCAGCUGGUCAGUAAACGCACCGUUGGCGUACAAGAUGAGGCUGAUAGAAAUCUGGAAAAUGUAAACUCUACAAACAGGGAAGGUGGUGUAUGCGUUUCUAUUGCUGGUCAGAGUGGAAUACAAACUGCAGAGGAAAUCGUAGGCGCGUCUAUAAAUGCAUCUGUAGAAGAAAUGCAAACUCAGCCGGUCAGUGAACCCACCACUGGCAUACCUCAGGAAGCAAAUGACUGUCAAGAACAUGUAAGCUGUCAAAGCACAGAUGCUGAACGUGUUUCUGCUGCUGAUCAGCAGGGUCUUCAAUCCAAUGAAAUUGUUGCUACAUCACAGAUGGUAUCCGACUAUACUCCAGUAGAAGCAAUGCAAAGCCACCUGGUCAGUGAACCUACCAUAUACAGCAGAGCACAGGAUGAUCUGGAGGAGGACAGUUGUGCAACUUCUACUCCGUUGGAAGUUGUUUCAGAGGCUCCAGAAACAAAGCCACAGCUGGUCAUUGAACCUACCACUGAUAUACAUAAGGAAGCACAGAUAGAUCUGGACAGUGCAAGCUGUGCAUCUAAGACUCAAGCAGAAGUUGGGAGCACCUCACAGAAGAUCUCAUCCUUUGGGACAUGUAGAGGAAAUUCAACCACAGCUGGUCGGCACACCCAACGAAGCUCUUCAAAGUCAUAGUCCUGCAAGCCAGCAGAGCGGUUUAGAUGUUAGAUGUGAUUCUGCCGCUGCUCCGAGUCACGUAGAGGCUGAAGGAGAACCUCCGGAGGUCUCUAGCCUUGCGCCAGUAGAAGAAAUGCAAACACAGACUGUUGAUGAACCCCCCACUGAGAAACCCAGCGAAGCACAGAACGAUGCAAGUUGUGCUGCACAGAGUCAAACUGACAUUCCGGUAGAGGUCACAGACCCACCUGAGGAUGUCCUCAGCACUCCACACACAGAAGAUAUGCCAAGCCAGAUGGUCAGUAAACCUAACCCAGAGAUAUCAGCUCAGCCGCUGGUUGAAAACGGCAAGGCAAAUGUGGAAAACGAGACUGUAGCGCUGGGAGAAAUGGAAGAGGACUCAGCAGCGACAAGAGAGAGUCCGGUUUCACCGUGUUCAUUGGAUAGAAAUAAAAGCCAGAUAGAAUAUGACAUGGGGACGCCGGAGAAUAGUUUCAACACUGGUUCUGUGGUCGAAGCACAUAGUCAGGAAAAUCCAGACGUCAGUGAAAAAACAGCAGGAGACCAGUUUGAAGAAGAGAUGAUGAUU